CAGUGUUGCAACCUUCAGAAAAAAAAAUAAGAGUGUUGUUAUUGUGACUUAUUGUGAUUCGUGCAGUGUAUUUUCAUCUGUUUUUUAUUAACCUUACAACAUUUUUGACGAAACGAGUUGAAUGAGAUCAUUCUAAUUAAUUAAAUCAAAAUGAAAUUUCGAUUUUUGGGCGAUGGGGAUUGUCCCGAUUGGUUAUUAGCUGAAAUUAAUACGCUCUCGAGAAUGACAUCGAUUAAAAUGAAAACGUUGGGGCAAAUCGUUAUGAAGUCUUUGACAGAAGGAGAAUUAGACGAGGAAAAAGUAAAAAAGAUCACACAGGAUGCAAAACUUGAUUUAAGCGAUGCGAAAGCUAUGAUUGCUGCAUUGGAAUUGAUCUUCACUUCAUCAGCUCGUUACGGCGUGUCUGCGGCUGAUCUGAGCAGCGAAUUGCAACAAUUGGGACUUCCAAGAGAACACAGUACAGCCGUUGCAAGAAUUCAUACAGAUUAUUGUCCACAACUCAUGGCUACCCUCUCGUCUCAGUCUUUAAGAGUGAAUCGUCUUUCGUCCAUUAAAGUUGUAUCCUGCGAUGAUUCUUCGCCAUUCUCGGCGGUCAGCUUGAAAGUGAAAAAAGUUGAUGGUAAUGAGGAGGAAUCAACCAUUAAUAUUUCCAAGGACGACGUGCAGAUUUUAAUCACGGAACUUAAAAAAGCUCGUAUGUUAAUGGAAAAUCUCUGAAAAAUCUUGACAAAUUAUUAUAUGGGACGUCAGAUUAUAUUGUUCGACGAGGAUAAAAAUUUUUGUGAUACGUGCAAUUAUCGUUAAACGAUCAUUGCAAUUAGCGACCGAGAUUGCAAUAAAUAUUGUGAUCUGAAUUAUAUAACUGAGAUACGUUAUUAAUUAUUAUAUUAUAACUAUAUUAUAACUUAAGAGUCACCGGCGAUCCGUCGAAUAAUUUAUCUUUAUUCUCUUUGUAAAUGAAUAUACAAAGUUUACAUUUAGUUUAAUGGUUUAUACGAUGCACUUGAAUAAUAUUCAUACAUUGUGACAAUAAUAAUGUCGCCGUUAUAAUUGCGCUUUAUCUCGUU